AUGAAAACAACUCUUCGUAAGGCGGAGCCGCCACUCCGUCAGAACGAGCACGACCCCGGCGAUACUGACCCUGAGCGGCACACCUAUACUCCGUCCAACGUAGACUACACUCACAGCUACUUCGAAGAAGAUGUAAAUAGUCCCAGGGAUUUGGGAGCCUCGCAUAAAUACCAUGAUCCAUACAGCCAGCACUACGGCAACGCAAACGACUUCAGCCAAUCCCACAUGCCGAACAUCGGAUUCGGUGCGGAAGGAACCGCAUCGCAUAACCCACGUACUUCGAUGCAGGCACCACGAUACACUUACAGCGACGACAAUCUUCCACGUGGCGCCGAGAACUACGUCGAACUGACUAGCCCAAGCUGCCGGGAAGGCGAAUCCAGAAGAGAAGAUCCUCAUGCAUAUAUGAUGCACCACCGGUCCAUCUCCGCCGAAAGCCCCUCGCUCGCACUUAUGUCAUUGUCCAGGAACAGUGGCGCACCACCGCAGGCGGCAGGUCAGCAUUAUGAGCCAUUCCGUGGUCACUUUCAUGAUUCCGAAGAAGCGAAGGAAUACCGUCGUACCAAGAUGCGGUUCAACCGAGAACCUUGGAGAGAUCCAGCUAAUGACCCGACUAUCGAGAUUGUUGAGCGUAAUCGUAACAUUAACGUAGAGCGCAUCUACAACGCCAUGAUAUGCGGUGAUUACGCCAGAGACAACUCUGGGUCCACCGCACUCAAGAGAUGGGUUGAAGAGCCACACUAUCAUUCAGAUUUAGUGGAAGCAUACGCUCACAAGGUAUUCGAUUGUUUAAUCGAGCAAGUCAAGAAGGGCUUCCGCGGGUGGCAGCAGAAUGACUACGUCAACGACGAACGCAAAGGCGAGGACGAAGACAAAGACGUCGACUGCGCCGGGCGCUUGGACAACAUCGUCGACGCCCUCCGGCUAGAAAAGACCAUUUGCGAGAACGUCAUGUGCUCAGCUUGGCAAAUCCGUAUGUUUGUCAACGCGCCCAAGGCAUACUCCAAGCGCAAGGACCAGAACCGGGUGGGCAAUAGCAAGAGGCCGAACGCUAAAGGUAACUGUGUGAUGGGGAAUACUCCACGGGCAGUGAAGAGGCCUCGAACCGCCGCUGCUUCACGGAGCAGACACAUGCGAGAUCACUCGUCAACAGCUUCCGAGAAGCUAUUGUCGCGUGGCACCACACCACAACAGACUUUCGAACCGACAGUACCGCCGUACUUCACUACACCGACGGCGCAGCGCAUUGCCGCCUUGAGCCCUCCGCCUGCUUUCCUGGCGCCUCAGGCGCCGUCGAUGCGUCCCUCACCCCGAUCACACCAGGCUUCGUUUGGCCAACACCACGCGUCUGUGUCGUCGCCAUCUAGGCUCUCAUCGCGGGCGCAGCCACACACCUCUCAGCCUGAGCACAACUCGCGGAUAUCGUCAAUCUCGCCAGUCCAGCAGUCGCCCUUCCCGCCCCCAUCGAAGCCACUAGACAACUUCUUGGAGUCUGCUACCCCCGACGAGAUGAAGGCAACCAACAUGAACACGACCUCGCGCCUCGGUACUUGGGGACAUGUUACAUCGAUUGUAGCCCCACCUGAUCCUUUCACACUAACGAACCAAUCUGACAUCUCAGAGUUUCUGGGAAUCGAGCACUGGCAGCAUAGUGUGGAACCGUUCUCCUCACGCGACGCGUUUACCAAUGCCAACCUCUUCGCGGAACAUCCAGAGAUGGGCGUGUGCCUCGCCGACGUGGAAUUACUGCCAGCUUGUGCCAUAGAUGAUGCUGUGAGUGAGGAUGUAUUCGGUUUCUGGCAGCACGAAGACGCUGUGCAGAAAAUGCCAAACACCCCCAGUCACCGCCAGAAUCAGUCUCGAGACUAG